GCGAAUACAAGACUUUCUAUAUACGGUAAUACAUCACCUGACCGCGUACUACGUAGCCAAGAUGCCGGACGAGCGGGACGAGCACCCCUAGCCGGUAAUUCAGCACUCCCAUCAUCAUCGAGAUUGAAACAUACCAGCCGGGGCCGUGAUUUAGUUUUGUCAUUCAAAUACCCCUCGGUAUGUCUUUGUCAUCCUAGCUCGUUUUUGAAUCUCUCGUAGGCGUUGAAGUGAGGUGAAGUGCUGACAUGGCACCCUUGGUUCAAGCCAUUCAUCUCGAAUUCUCGCACAACCUUCCUGGAGACAUCUUUGUCUACAAGGGUAAUGUAGAUCCUGAUUGGACAGUCGGGGCAGUCCCCAAUGGCGGAUACGUUCUAAGUCUCAUUCUGGAAGCUGCGGUGAAGCAUCAGAGCCCUAAAGCUCACCCAGAUCCUAUACAUGUCACCGCCCAUUUCUUGAGGUCCGCGGCGACUAGCACUUUCGAAGUGCACAUACAUAUCUUAAAGGCGGGAAGAGGCUUCACAAAUCUAACUGCAAAUCUCGUCCAGAACGGAGAAGUCAAAGUGAUGACACACAUGGUCUUUGGCGUCCUCGCCUCUCCUUCAGAUCCUACCACUCCCACUCUCACCGUUGAACCGCCGUCUCCGUACGCCCGCCGGAUCCCAUUGUACACGCAUCCGUCCAAAUGCUCGCCUGACCGACCCGAAUGGCGUUUCGGAUAUAGCAAGUAUAUACAAACUGCCCAUUGUCCGGUGCAUGUCAAGAACGCAGAAAUUCCAAGGGAAGGCAUGGAAUGGGGCCUAUACCUCACUCUGACAGAUCCAAGCGAGCAGUGGACUACGUCCGCAAUUCCUUUUGCGACGGACACUUUCCGUGCUCUUCAUCAGGUCGUGCCCUCCCAUAAGGAUGUUCGCAGAGUCAGGUAUGAUAUACUUAUAAAGCUUCUGUACACAUCAUCUUCGUCAUUUCUCACUUUCGUUGAUACUAGCUGGGCACCUACCAUGGUCAUGACAAUCGAGUUCAAGUUUCCGAUACCGAAACCGUCGAGUCCAGAUCAUUCGCCUCGUACGGUAGCCGUUUAUUCCUCUGGGAGGUUCAUAAAUGACCCACAGGCAAGACAUGAUACAUAUAUCGAAAUUUGGACUGCUCCGUCCAAUAUUGGCGAAGGUUCAGAACAAGGGGAUUGGCGGGAAAAACAGCGUUGUCUGGCUGUCUCAACGCAGAUGGCGCUGCUAGUUCCCAUGGAGGUCAAUAAGAGACGUGGAGAGAAGGCACAAGCCGGUUCUAAAUUAUAGAUCUAAGAUCACCAUGGAUUGCAUACCAUAGAUGUCAGAUCGUAAUUCAAUGCUUGAUAUAAUAGUACACACAGUAAAUACAGUGAGGUCCCAAGUACAGAAACAAUGAGAACAGAAAACAUGACGAAAGGAUAUGAAGUGAUGAUGACUACUAGACGGUCAAACCGCGAGGGUGCCUACAUUAACUUUGCCUCCCUCUUCGCUUGGGCGACUUGCGCCAAACGAUGCGUUCGUCCCGAGGUUUGUGUACUCGGAACCCCCUUCUUGCCUGCAGCAGGAGCAGGCACUGCCGGUGCAAUCGCCGUUUGAGACAUCGAUAUUCGGGUCUCGUCUGAGGCAAAGCCAGGUAUCCGAAUGUUGUGAUUACGUU